UAUCGAGCCAGCUGAGGCAUGUAUUAGGUGUCUUUAUUCAGUAUAUCGGCAAGAAGCAUCGGUUACAUUUCAGAAGUUAUUUAUUUAUUUGGUUAUUUUUUUUAGUGGGGAAAGGUACUGUAAGGAGAGCUAUGAGAAUUACCCCGGUCGUUUCCUCUAAAGAAUAUCUAAAAUGACGGGACCGCGAGAAAAGGACGUCAACCUGGGCUUGCAGAGACCGUCCGACACCAAAGGUCAAAUGCUGAGUCAGAGCAGACCUGUCACUUCCAGGGAACUCGAGGACCUUCUCAAACUCCAUCCCAAGGAGGCCGCUCAGAAGCUCCUGCAUCGAAGGUCUAGUUGCCUUUUGGUUCAGAAGCAGGAAGUGCAGGCUGAAUCUCUGAUGCUCCUGGUCCAAGUCCUUGCCCAUGUCGCAGCUAGUUCCUGGAAGGAGAACAUCGGUGAACUGAUCCUCUUGAUGUGUGAACAAAGAUUCUUCGACAGGAUGUGUUCCCAUACCAUGAGAAUAAGAAGGAUUUACCCUGAAAAAUGCCAUGAUUUCCUUAAACACUUGUUUAUCCUUUUAGAAGCUUAUGCUGAAGCAAUGAUAGUUGUUGCUGUGGACAGUCUGUCGAAUCUGAUUGACAUAUGUAUGGCAGUGUUACCAGUAACUGAGGAUGCAGACUUGUUAAAGAAAUAUGAACAGUUACAGAAAUUGAUUUUGGAAGAGCAGCAAAAGUGGUACAACGACGGCCCUGGAAGGAAGGGAGCGAUUUCCCUUUUGGAUAAUGCGGAACCUCCAGAAGAUUUCAGAGAAGUUCCUUCAUUUCCAACAUGUGAAGAACUUCUUAAAAGACGAAAACCCUUCUUUCGCAGGAAUGUCACAAAGGGAGCGUACAAAGAUAAUAAUCAUUACUUAGAUGUACAGUUCCGGUUGCUACGUGAGGACUUCACAAGACCUCUAAGAGAAGGCAUCAAUGAUUUCAAAGAAGGUGUUCGCAACAGAGAUAUCAGAGUUUACAAAGAUGUUACUAUCAGCAAACCUGUCAUCAAACAAGGGGAAAUCAUGCACAUAGCCCGUGUGAAGCUUCCGAAGAAUAUCAGUUUUAAAAAAAGCAAGCGACUGAUGCAUGAGAACUUACUGUGUCUCAGCAACGAUGGUUUUAAAACGUUGCUCCUUGGAACAGUUGCUGAUACUGACGAUCUGGAAUGCAAAGGAUUCCUGGGGAUUAAAUUGAUUUCUGAUCAUCAGAUGGUAGACCUCAAAGGCAGUUUUGUCAUAAUAGAGUCCAAAGCAUACUUUAUGGCUUACAGAUACGUCCUCCAAGGCUUGAAAAACCUGACAGAUAAAGUACCAUUCGAGCCAUACAUCAUCCAUGUAAACCCAAAUGUCGACAUCCCAGAGUACUUAAGGAAGGAUACAUUAUAUGACUUACGUGUUGUCAAGGAUCUGGGGCUCAUGGUCAAGCCAGCCAUGGUUAAGAAACCUACAUCCUCUCCCCUUUGCAAUGUUCCUAUGAGGAGUGACCUUGACACAUGGCCCACAUCAGAGGAACUUGGCUUGGAUGACUCGCAACGUCGAGCUUUGCACAAUGCUCUUACUCGAUGUUUUGCAGUCAUCCAGGGACCUCCUGGAACUGGAAAAACCUUCAUUGGCCUUAAGAUUACGCAGAUAUUGCUCCAUAAUAGCCAUAUCUGGAAUCAUAAAGUUAAAUCUAGCCCAAUACUGAUUAUCUCCUUUACAAACCAUGCAUUGGAUCAGUUCCUCGAGGGAAUAUCAGAAUACACUAACAAGAUUGUCCGAGUGGGAAGCAGAACCAAUAGUACAACUAUAGCUAGAUUCCAGAUCAAACAUAUAGUAAGAUCGUUACGAAUAACACGUGUAACCCGAGAGCACGGAGUAAAAGAAAUAAAACAAGAGAUAGAACACGUAGAGAAAAAGAUUAAAAAACUUCAAGUGAGAGCAGAGUGCCUUGAGUGCCCACCAGGAAUCUUAAGACUGAAUGAAUUUGUGACAGUUAUUCCAAAGAUUUUCAUGUUGCAGCUACGUGAAGCACCUCUGUCACUUUGGCUGUUAGAUCAGCGCCUACUGGGAGAAGCCAAAAUGAACGUGAAAAGGCAGAACAAAGUCUUCAAACCAGCUUGUAAUGUGCCUUCAGACCUCCAGUUUGAAGUAACUUUCGAGUCUCUAGAGAAACAGAGGAAAGAGUUCGAAAGCAACAAGAAUGUAUUGGCACAGAUGGGCAUCCACUUUCUUCUACGUCAGAUGGAAGCCUUGCAAAUAGGUCUCCAGAUCCACGAAGACCCAGACAAGAUUGUCGAAUUGGAGAAAACAUGUGACAACGUCUGGAGACUGGGAAUCGUAAGACGUUGGCAACUGUACAAGCACUGGGUAAGGAAAGUUCGCUGCCAGGUGUUGGACGAGUCAUCUUCCGCAGUAGACUCUCACAGGAAAUUGAGUGAAGAUUUGCAAAAAUGUAAAAAUGAGUUGUCAUUAUAUGCCAUGAAACAAGCAUCUGUUGUAGGUAUGACAACUACUGCAGCUGCCAGAAAUGCACAAGUUCUGAAAGAUCUUGCUCCCUCUAUAGUGAUUAUUGAAGAAGCAGCAGAGGUCUUGGAAUCACAUGUUGUAACUUCUCUCACGACACAGUGCAAGCAUGUUAUCCAGAUAGGCGACCACCAGCAGCUUCGACCAAGUGCGACAGUCCACGAAUUGGCCACGAAAUAUGAACUUGAAAUCUCCCUCUUUGAGAGAAUGAUUAGAAAUGGAUUGCCCUUCGCGACCCUGGAAUUCCAACACCGGAUGAGACCAAGCAUUUCAACGCUGCUUGUGCCGUCCAUUUACCCGGCACUGAAAGACAGUCCUUCCGUAAGGGACUUCCCUCACAUCAGGGGGCUUCAGAAGGACGUGUUUUUCUUCUCUCAUACGUAUCCGGAAGAAAAGAAAGCUGGCGAUGACUUAACCCACGAAAACGUACGUGAGGCUCAGUUCCUCAUGGGGCUCUGCCGUCACCUCAUGUUGCAGGGUUACACGCCGGAUGAGGUGACCAUCCUCGCCGCCUACUCUGGACAAUUCUUUCUUCUUCGAAAACUUCAGCAGAAAGACCCAGAGUGCAAAGAUGUGAAGAUUUGUGUCUUGGACAAUUUUCAGGGUGAAGAGAACAAGAUCAUACUGCUCUCUUUGGUUCGCAACAAUGACAAAGGUGUCGUUGGGUUCCUCCACACUAAGAACAGAGUGUGCGUUGCUCUGUCACGGGCCAAACAUGGCUUCUAUAUCGCCGGCAACAUGGACAUGCUCACGGCUUCUAGUGAUCUGUGGAGGAAGAUCAAACAGGAUCUUGUCAAAGGGGAAUCCUUAGGGAAUGCCCUGGUCCUCAAAUGUGAAAAUCACCCCGAAAACUUUCAGUCUGUGAAGUGUUAUGAGGAUUUCUUGGCUAAAAGUCCCAAUGGAGGUUGCCUCAUGCAAUGUGGCCAAAAACUGCCUAACUGUGAUCAUCUCUGUGAGUGGAACUGCCACAUGAACGACAUGCAACACACGAAGUACAAGUGCAGUAAACCUUGUUCUAAGGUGAGAUGUGAUUUAAACCACCCCUGUCCAAAAUUAUGCUGGCAAAAAUGUGGCCCCUGUGGAACUAUCGUAACCAAGACCUUCCCUUGUGGCCACACACCUACACUGCCUUGUAAAGAGGAAGCUUGCCCAACAUUAGUAGAGAGAGUGAUGGCAUAUUGUCAGCACAGGGUCACUGUGCCUUGUCACUCACAGGAAGAGGUAAUACCUUGUCCAGUUGAGUGCGACAGUCGCCUUGCAUGCAGUCAUAUGUGUAGGCUGAAGUGCCACGCCACGGAGGACCCAGACCAUCAGAACUACAUUUGUAAGAAGAAAUGCCUCAAGCUCAGACGUGGAUGCACACAAGAUCACCGAUGCCCCCAAACAUGUGGAGAGCCAUGUGUCUUAUGUCUCAUACCAGUGACAAAACUGCUUCUUUGUGGUCAUGAGGCGAAACAAAUAGAGUGCCAUUUGCCGGUACAUGAAAUUCGGUGCUCGGUAAAAGUCGGUAAAAUUCUUGCAUGUGGCCACGAAGCACAGGAUGUUGAGUGCAGCAGCAUCAAAAGCAUCAAAUGUACAGUCUUAACGACUCAGACCCUGCCAUGUGGGCAUGAGGUUAAUUAUGCGGCAUGUGGUGCAGCAACAGAGGAAGUCCUAUGCCGUGAAAACUGCCUGGAAAUCUUAGAUUGUGGUCAUACCUGCAAAAAACUUUGCCAUGAAGAAUGUGGCGAUUGCUCGGUAAAAGUCAGCAAAACUCUUGCGUGUGGCCACGAAGCACAAGAUAUUGAGUGCAGCAGCACCACCAAAAACAUAAAAUGUACAGCCUUAACAACUCUGGUUCUGCCAUGUGGACAUGAGCUAGAUGUGGCAUGUGGUACAAGAGCAGAAGCCCUAAGAUGCACUAAAAAGUGCAUGAAAACCUUAGACUGUGGUCACAUUUGCAAAAAGCUUUGCAGCGAAAUAUGUGGCGGUUGUUUAGUGAAAGUUGAAAAGACAAUACCGAAGUGUGGCCACGUCAUUGAGGUAAUUCUCCCAAGUUUUGCAUGGAUGUGAUGAAUAUAUAAAAAA